UUAAGGAUAAGAGUGAAGAAGUGCUGGUGUGCGUUUUCCUGUGUUUCCAACAGCACAGUCAAUUCCUUCUUCUUGGUCUCCUUCAGAGGGCUGGGCAGUUAGAUAUCAAUCCCAGGGGAACCCUGUACUGUCCUGAACAUGAUCUUGUCGGAUUUUCUCCAACCUCCCAGGGUAUAGCAGCUGUAUGGACUACAAGUGAAGGAGAGACGAUAGUGAGAAGAAGUACAGUUGGAGUAUCUUCAGGCUGGGAGAACGUGGUUCUAGCUGAAUCUGAACCUGGAGUAGAGGAACUAGAACUAGAGAACGAAGAUGAGGAUCCUAGACAGCUCUACCUUGGUGCUCUCUUCUCUCCAGGAGUAUUCAGGGCUGCAACUUUGGCCCGAACUGUUGGUAUAUUCCGGAGGAACCUAGAGAACUCAAAUAUUGACGAAGGAACUACUUGGGAACAGUUAAAACAGGAGGUUGUAUCGGCUGUAGAAGCUGAUAUACAGAACUCUCUAACAGACUAUGAGGUUUCAGACGAGGAUUAUCUGUCAGUAUCUCGUAGUAGCUGGAGCAGGUUCUACUCAAGUGCAGCACAAUAUAGAGCUGUAGGAAACCAACCUAUGGGUUUAGUAACAUCACCUGGAGAAUCCACGAUACUAAUUGUUAGAAAGGAUAUUGUAUCCUGGUGCAGACCGGUAGAAGCAUUAGAACAGGUUGUGGUGUCCGGUGGAGCAGGGGUUAGUAUUGAAAUAUUCUCAGAGAUCCCUCCUCUAUCUGAUGAACCUGGGCUAGCUGGAGAUGUACUCAACCUUCUUAUAGCUGCUGGUAUGGUUUGUCGUCUUCUUCCUGCUUCAGCUUUUAAAGGAUUUAAAACUGCUGUGUAUCAUCAGCAGUCUCCUGAUCUAGUCAGUAGAUCCCUAGCUGCAGAUCUUCUUGCUGAUCAGGAACAGCCAUAUGCUCUAGAGAAGAUGCUCUCUAGGGUUCAGCAGGUUCAGGAUAUAUCCAGAGCUAUGGAAGUUAUCCUGUACUGCCUUGAGCUUGACUCUGGUAGUGUAAGCAGGGGUGAGCUGGAUCUAUCCAGGAUAGAGACAGAUGAACCAUCUCCUAAACUAUUCUCAAGUGAGCUUGGAACCUCUCUAGUCGCAGAAUCUCUCCGUCAGCAGGCUGAGUCAAGGUUGGGUUUAGCUCAGCAGCUCCUGGUUCUUCAGCAUAUACUCCUGGAUUGUAGUGCUACUGCCCGAGUACCGCCUGGAGUACUAGAUUCUAUACUCUCAACCUUCCUUCCAAGAACUACAGUCAUGGUUCACUGUUACAAUGUUCUAUCUUGGCUUUGUCAGGUACCUGCCUGUACACCUCCUAGUUCUAUCCAAGAGCUUGGACUACGCCAGCUUGCUGUUCUUAGACUAUCUGAUAAAUCUACCCAUAUCACAUAUACAAACAGAAAGGACAAGAACACUAGCCUACUAGAACUGUUCUUAAACGGACCCGGUCGUCUUGUGCGCGGCGUGGUGGGAGAAUGCCGCGGUGAGGAUUGUUGGGCACUGGCGCUCUCCCCCAUGAUUAACAUGACCGCACAGCUGUUAUGGCCACGCUGCGCUACUCCAACGUUUCUUAACUUCCUUCUUCGAUCCUCACAGCACGCUAUCGUUCAAAACUACUGCAGGAUGUUAUCGACCUGGUGUGAAUGGCACCCGUAUGCCCGGAAGUUCCUGCUGGGAGUGGCUCACCUCAAUAUGGGAGAGGAGGAGAAGGCUUUGGAUCUGUUCAUCUCCGGUGCUGGAGGUAUUCCACAGGAUCAGUUCCUUACUCAGGAUCUUCUUGAACUUCAGGGGUCUACUCCAGCUGAUCUUACUGUUGAAUACUUUCUCAAGGUUGUAUCCCUGUUAGAACAGUUUCCUUGUCCUGAUCUAGUGAUAUCUCUGACAGAAACCGCUAGAGCUGUAACACCACAGGAUCACAAGGAGCGAGCUACCCUCGCCUACAUAUUGUUCUCCUAUCAUCUAAAACUCGGGCAUAAUGAAGAUGCUUACGCCGCCAUGAUGUCAAAUCCAGAUCUAAGUCGACGAAAAGAUUCUCUGCGACAGUUCCUUGUCACCUUGUUUGACCGAGGAGAGUUGUCGCAGCUGGCGUCCUACCCCUACACCGACAUGAUCGACGAUGUCGAGUCGAUCAUUGAGAGUCGAGCUCGGUCUGCUGAUCUAUCUGUUAAUAACUACUACGACUUCCUGUACAGUUUUCACGUGUCCAAGGAAAACUUCCGGAAGGCUGCUCAGGUCAUGUACGAGUGUGGGACGAGGCUAGGGGUCGAGCUAUGUAACUUCGAUGGGUUGAAGAAACAGGUUCAUGCCUAUCUGUCCUGUAUAAACUGUUUGUACCUGGUGAAUAAGAAAUAUCAAUGGUUGAUAAAACCCUGCUCCACCCCCUCCUCAAGCCCCAAGAGGUUCUUGGGCGGGGAGGAGAAGAUGGAGGAGGUGGAGAACCUAGGGAUGGAGGUGGUGGAGUUGGAGAGCAUAAAGAGAGAACUAGUUCUGAGUCAGGCUCGGCUUAAGCUGACCGUCAUAGCAGGAACAACUCAGGGUAACCUCCCUGCUAGUCCUGGUUUGACCCCAGCUGAGACAGUUGGUUUCCUGACCACCUCCAAUCUCUACAUCUCCGCUAUCCAGAUCUGCGAGGAGUUCUCCCUUCCUCUCACAGGGGUUAUAGAGGCCCUCGCCAGCCGAGCAGUCCGAAUAGCUAACGCAAGACCUCAGGAGAAAUCUGCUGCAUGGUCCUGGCUUGCUGAAAAUAGACCAGGUGGUGUAGAUAUACAGGGAGAUUGUGCUGUAACAGCAACCUGGAACCUUCUAGAGCACCUGGUAACAAGUAAAGAGAAGGCUACGCAGACGGUGCUUCACCGUGUAACCGUAGAACGUCUCUUCUCCCUUGGCUGUGCUCUUCCUCCCUGGUUAGUGUUUGGGUACAAGAAAAGGGACUGCGCCGAGCUCAUCAGGUUGUACCAUGGGCAGGGGAACCUCGAGCCUGCUACCGACCUCGCCUUGGAGUACCUGGAGGCCGUCCUCGGACAGGGUGGGGAGUACUUCGGUCUCGAGCAUAGUUUACAAGCUAAUAAGAGACCUGCGUGGGUUCCCUGGACUGUACUGGAUCGUCUUCUCAUAGAGUUAUCUGAAAAUUCAAAUAUUCCCGCCUUUGCUAAAUGUUUAAAAAGAUUGGAUGCUGGAGUGGAAAAGUAUCUGAGUGUUGUUGAUAGAGUAUCCAGAGAUAUGUUGGUCUGCUCAGGAUAGAUCAUUUCGAGGAUCAUCAACCUCAUCAAUACAUUUAAUCAUCAACCAGAUCAACUCUAGUAUCAUCAACCUCAUCAAUACAUUUAAUCAUCAACCAGAUCAAUUCUAGUAUUAUCUAUAUUAGAAACUAUAUUUCUGUAUAAUUUAAUCAUAUGCUGUUAAAAUCCAUGGAGUUAGUACACAGCACAUGAUAAAUAAUAAGAUAUGGAGAGAGAGAUAGGAGGCAUAUUUUUUUAAUUAAGCUUUCUCUGUCUUCUGUCACUUAACCAAGAUUCAAUCCAGUUCAGAAGAUUUCCAUCAAUACUAUGAGCUCUGAAUUUUGUUACAAGGCGUUUUUAUGGGCUUUUGCAAAAUCUAGGUACACAAUGUCUACAAUUUGACCUGUACUGUCAAAAGUACUAUAAAAAAGUACUACAAAACAUAGAAAGUACUACAUUAGUACAUAAGAAUAGAAUAGAGCACUGUAAUGAAAUUCAGGAUACAAGAUUGCAGACUUCUUACUUUUAAUAUUUCUGACUACCAACCUCGUAUCUAAUAAACCCUCCUGGACCAACACUUCCUUCAAAAGCCACAAGGAUACACUUCUCCAACCUGAUCAUUCCACGUGGAUUCCUAUUCCAACCAUGGUCCGGUAAGUCCAUUUCUUUAAUGAAGGCUCCUGACGGACGAAAGAGCAUGAGUUUUCCAAGGGUAGAAUCAGAUACCAGAAGGAACCCCAUAUUAUCUACCAGAAUUCCUGUAGGUGAUGUUAACCUCCCCACUCCUUCACCAUAGUAUCCAGGAUUGCUGUUUCGUUUUAUCUUGAAGAUCUAUUGAAUAUAUCCUGGCUGCUAUAGAGUCCACCACAAAGAAUGUCUGAUCAAAGUAAACCAGUUCCUCGGGACUGAAUCCUGUUCCUCUCUUGUUUUCAAGCACUUGUAUCUCAAUAGAACCAACAUAAAUGAACAUAGAAUCCGCCAGAUCUUUCCUGUAUCUCCUGAUAGUUUGUUCACCCUGAUCCUUUCCACUUUUAACGGAAGCUAACUCAUGUGUCGCCUCAACCCAGCACAAUCCACUGAAACAUCCUGGAAUGAAUUGAAAGGAAACAGCUCGCAAAUAUGGAUUCUCAUCGAUCAGGAAUAUAUUGAUGCCGUUACUUUGUAGAAUCGCCAAGUAGUUCCCUGUAACAACUAUAUUUCUAGGAUUCCAUAGCGUGUAGUCAGGACAGGAUAACCAGGAUCAAAGAUACCAAUCCUAUUCCUUUUAGGUUCGGAGAUAAAAAGUAAGGAUCUCGUGGAAUCAAAGACAAAGAAGGCAGGAUGUUCCAAGCAGCAGAUUUUCCUAACAGGAUAACAUUCAAUCUCCUUCAGGUUACCAGAUCCAAAUCUAAAUUUGGAGGGGUCUUCUGGUUCAAAUUCCCAUAAUGAAUCCUCAGCUUCAUUUUCCUGGGGAUCAAGACAAAGUACAAGACGGUUCUUCCCUCGAAAACAUUUUCCACUGGUUCACACAGACUUCAUCUUUUUUGCCUUCUUCAAUUCAUCUUUGACUAGCUCCAGAGUUUCAUCACUUUCAUCUUUAGAAGAUGUGUCUUAAAACAGCUCAUGAACUAGUUUUAUUGGCAAACAAUAAUAAUAAUUGUAGCAGUUGAAAGAAGAAAAACAAAUCCAUCUCCUCCGUUUCUAGUACUCCUUGAUAAUAACAAUGUGAUAAUAUUAAAAAUGUGUUAAAGGGACUGUAAGCGUUAUUUCAAUUGGCCCUCCGUGCAAUGAUGAUAAUUUCCGAUUUACAACGGUACCUUUGAAAGCUUUUCCUAAUUAAGUAUGAAUUAAAUAUUAAUGUUAUUGUUUCUUUAAAUUGUUUAUUUGCAGUUUCUCUACAAAAGUGACUUGCGCAUUUCUUGUUUAUAAGAAACAACAGAGAAACUCGCAGAAAUCGAGUUAUAAUAAGGUUUGAUCAGAAUGAGGUUUCAAGGUUACCGUGGUGAAUUGGGCAUUGCCAUCUUUGCAUGGAGUGUCACUUGAAACUACACUUACAGUCCCUUUAGGUAUCUAUCCGUCUCAACCCGCCUGACAAGAUUAUAAUCUGAUCUCAGUUUUUCUUCAG